AUGCUGCGGGAGCAAGGACCCCGUCGGGAUGAAAUUACGCCAAAUCACGCCUUCAGCCGAGGGGUUUCGGGUCCGCAGAAGGACCUGAAGCCAGGGGGUCGCGCAUUCGCCGGUGUCUCAUAUUCCCAGGAAGCGGCGCGGCAAGCCGAAGUGACGACUUUGGAGUCAACUCAGAACCAGGCUCCAGACGAGGAUCGUCUAGAGUUCACCUUUCCUAAGGGAGUUCCCGGCUCCACGCUGCUGGAGCGAGAAGCCGUUAGAGCCUUCCGCUCGCGGCUCCGCUGUCUGACGACGAGAGGCUGCUGGCGGUACGACGCGACGCCACGUGUCCUCCCAUGGGCGCUGCCGAGCGGGUGGGACGGCGGGCGGCAGUGCGACGAGGGGCACGUUGCGCAGGGCGAGGGGAGGGUGGCGUUCGACGAGGCGGACGGCAUCGCGCUGGCGGACGGAAUAACAGUGGGGGCGGACGGAUUAGUGCAGGCGGACGGAACGACAGCGGAGGCGGAACGACGGGCGCUAGAGCAAAGCGGGACGGGGAUUGCUCAGGUCCAGGCAGGCGGAUACGGGGAUCCGGGGAGGUGGAGAGUGCGGGAGAGCUUGAAAUACCGAUGGAACGUUAGCAGCAAGUGCGGGCCAUGGCGGGAGUUCGAUAGCAGCGAGCUGGUGGGGAAGCUGGCGGGGCGACGGCUGCUGAUCGCGGGCGACUCGCUCAGCGGCAUGCUCUUUGCUGCCCUGCGCAACGCACUGUUCAUGGGGUUCAACCGCACCUCCAGCCAGAAACGACAAAACCUGCCGCCCAACUGCGCGCCUACGGACAGCCUGCCCGGGUUCUGCAGGCAGUGGGGGAGGGAGAUAGCGCUGCGCGCGCACCACGCGCUGUGUGUGGAGGACACGUGCGCGGAUGCCAGCGUGGCGUUCGUGAGGAGCGACGCCCUGGACCCCUCCUCGAACCUCACCCUGGCUUGGCCGAAGCUGAUCGGAUUUCCGUGGCUGCAUGUGCUGAACGGUACCAGCAGUGGGGGAGAGCAGGAUGGGGGAAAUGGUGGACAGGGUGAAGACGCUUCUAGAGAAAGACAAGUUGCUGCGAUUGUACUGAAUCGUGGAGCGCAUUAUACAGAGGACGAGCAGUUGGUAUCAGAGCUCAACGCCACCCUCUCUGCCAUCCGUGCUGUCGCACCCCGCGUGCUCCUCAUCUACCGCAACACGCCCCCCGGCCACGCACACUGCAAGCACCACUCCAAGCCGCUCAGAUACAGACAAGACGCCGCCCAGCUGCCGCACCACUGGGGGGAUUUUGGGCGGCAGAACGAGCUGGCGAGGCGGGUGGAUACGGCUACGGGGCUGAGACCCGAUGGGCAUGUGAUGCUCAAGGAUGGGAGGGCGGACUGCUUGCAUUACUGCCUGCCUGGGCCAGCUGACACGUGGGUGCGCAUGCUGUUCAACAUUCUAGUUGACUUGCUAUACCCAGGUACUGCCUGCACUAUUGCCUGCUGGGGCCAGCGUGGGGGUGUGUACUGGGAUGUGGAUACGGCCACGGGGCUGAGACCGGAUGGGCAUGUGAUGCUCAAGGAUGGGAGGGCGGACUGCUUGCAUUACUGCCUGCCUGGGCCAGCUGACACGUGGGUGCGCAUGCUGUUCAACAUUCUAGUUGACCUGCUGUGA